CGCUCCCCCGCCCCUCCUCGGAUCCUCUGUGUACACUAGAGAGAAGUAAAACCUACCCCGACAGGAAGUGAAACAGUUGGUGAGCUUUUCCGGCGCUCUGCAUGGAUGCUGGGGCACUAAGCAAACAGCCUUCAGUCUCUGGAGCUGUUCCGAGUCCCGUGGAGUCGCCAUCUGAGCUGUUUCCUCACCCAGGCAUCCCGAUGCUGGUGCAUGGACCAUCUGGGCGGUCAGCCCUAUGCUUUUUGCUGUUGGCUUUGGUAAUGUCUUUCGUCGGCUCAGCUCUAUCCAAGGAUGAAGAACGGGAGCAUCUAUUGACAAAAGAAAAGAUGAUGCAGCUGGGGGGGCAGCUGGUGCUGAACAUCAAGGAGGAGCAGGCCAAUGAGAAGCUCAUGACCCUCAAAAUCACUGAGAUGGAGGAGGCCAUGAAGACCCUGAUAUUCCCACCCAGCAUGCACUUUUUCCGGGCCAAGCCACUCAUUGAGAGAAGUCGGGUGUUUAAUAUCCUCAGGAUGAUGCCAAAAGGGGCUGCCUUGCACCUCCAUGACAUUGGCCUUGUGACUAUGGACUGGCUGGUGAGGAAUGUCACCUACAGACCCCACUGCCACAUCUGUUUCACGACGAAGGGGAUCGUGCAGUUCAGAUUUGCUCACCCAGCUCCGCGUACGUCAGAAGAAUGUCAUGAGUGGAUUCUGUUGGAGCAUUAUCGGAGGCAGGUGCAAAACGUGACUGAGUUUGAUGACAGCUUGCUGAGAAAUUUCACUCUGGUGACCCAGCACCCGGAAGUAACUUACACAAACCAAAAUGCUGUCUGGUCGAAGUUUAAAACCAUCUUCUCCACCAUCUCUGGCCUCAUCCGUUACGCACCAGUGUUCAGAGACUAUGUCUUCCAGAGCAUGCAGGAGUUCUAUGAGGACAACGUGCUCUACAUGGAGAUCAGAGCCAGGCUGCUGCCGGUGUACGAGCUCAGCGGAGCGCAGCAUGACGUACAGUGGUCAGUGAAGGCUUACCAGGAAGUGGCUGAGAAGUUUGUGCAAACUCACCCUGAGUUUGUUGGAAUCAAACUCAUUUAUUCAGAUCACAGAUCCAAAGAUGUGACUGUCAUCGCAGAAUCCAUCCGAACAGCCAUGGGGCUCCGGACCAAGUUCCCCACGGUGGUGGCAGGGUUCGAUCUGGUGGGGCAGGAGGACACUGGGCACUCCUUACACUACUACAGCAAAGCACUGAUGACCCCCGCCAAGGACGGUGUUAAGCUGCCUUACUUCUUCCACGCCGGAGAGACAGACUGGCAGGGCACUUCCAUAGACAAGAACAUUCUGGAUGCUUUGAUGCUAAACACUACCAGAAUCGGACAUGGAUUUGCUUUGACCAAACACCCCGCCCUCAGGGCUUACUCACAGAAAAAGGACAUUCCCAUAGAAGUCUGUCCCAUCUCUAACCAGGUUCUGAAACUGGUGUCUGAUUUGAGAAACCACCCUGCAGCUACUCUGAUGGCCAUCGGGCACCCCAUGGUCGUCAGCUCUGAUGACCCAGCGAUCUUUGGUGCCAAAGGCUUGUCGUACGAUUUCUAUGAGGUCUUCAUGGGCAUUGGGGGAAUGACGGCUGACCUGAGGACCCUCAAACAGCUGGCCAUCAACUCUAUCAAGUACAGUAGCCUGUUGGAGAUUGAGAAAAAUACUUUCAUGGCAAUCUGGAAGAAGAGAUGGGAUAAGUUCAUAGCGGAUGUGGCACGGAGUGAGGAGAAACUAGCCAUCCUCCACGAGCUGCCUUCGCGCACGGGCUGCCACCGCCGCUCACCCGUUCCUGAAUCAGCUCCAUGUCCCCAUCAAAUCAAUGGCCUGGGUACGGAGGGACCCUGUGAGAAGCACUUGGCUGGCUGACCAGCUUCAUCCUCUGGAACAUUGUCCCUCGGCUGCAGCAGCAUUGACCACUCUGCGCCCAUCGCUUCCAGUUUCUCUACUUGAGACUCUCCUCCUCUCUGACCUCUGUGCUGUGUCCUCAGGGCUCAGUCCUGGGUUCUCUUCUAUUCUGAUCGCUUUAUUAAAAAAAAAGUUUGUUGGCCCGACGUGGUCGCU